AUGGCCAAGCCCACCUUUGAUACCCCUUUGACGAACUCCCCAAUCCGAAACAAGUUUGGAUUGGAGAACCUGGCAGUCGCGAAGAGGCGGGUCGCGGCCGCAGCAGCAGGCGAGAUCAGAACUGGCCGUCGAGUGACUAUGGGAUGGGAGCUGACGAAGCUGGACUAUCCAAAUCUCAAUCGUCAGCCAUGUGACCAUAAGAUUGUGCCCUUGCUGGGGGGGUAUAGCCUUCGAUGA